CAUUUGUAAUAUUUUAAAAUGAGUGGAAGAGGUAAAACCGGAGGGAAAGCCAGGGCCAAGGCAAAGACUAGGUCAUCACGUGCUGGUCUUCAGUUCCCGGUAGGUCGCGUUCACAGACUGCUUCGGAAAGGCAACUAUGCCCAGCGAGUUGGAGCUGGUGCGCCGGUGUAUCUUGCAGCCGUGCUCGAGUACCUUACUGCUGAAAUCCUGGAGCUGGCCGGUAACGCAGCCCGUGACAACAAGAAGACUCGUAUCAUUCCUCGUCACCUGCAACUCGCUGUCCGCAAUGACGAGGAGUUAAACAAACUCCUUGGUGGCGUCACCAUCGCACAGGGUGGCGUUUUGCCUAACAUCCAGGCUGUACUUCUGCCCAAGAAGACCGAAAAGGCCACCAAAGGAAAGUAAUUGUGUUGCGUAGACUUCGAAGUGUAUCACCCAUCCCAACCCAAAGGCUCUUUUCAGAGCCACCCACACCAAUCUCAAAACCGCUUUCUUCCAUCCUGUCCAACAAUGUCUUAGUUGUUGAAAUGAUGCGAUUCUCAAGUAGAAAUACAUGUCAGAGUGAAUACGAACCGCACUUGUUUUGGCUAGACUUGAACCCAUAUGAUCAAAUAUAAGUCUGCCGGUUAGUGAGAUGACUUGAUACAAAGAGAGCGUCGAUCCAACCUAGAACUGGAAAGUCGUUAUACAAGCAAAGUUGGCUAUCUUGUAGCAAUCAAACGGACUCGAAAUGUUACAAAGGACUUUUGAUAGCCUACGUGUAGAGAAUAAACACUACUCUAGAAUUAGGACCAUCACAGCCUUACCCUCUACGGUCCAUAAACCUUAUGUUGAAAAUAAAUGUGCCUGCUGGUAGCCUCCUUUAGGACUAAAAUGUUAUUUUAGGGUUUGAGUUUGGGCUGCAUGAAUAAUAAAGCUGUAUUUGUUGUGCACUAGUAGGCUAGGCUGCAGGAAAUGGGAAUGCUCUUGUAGAAUGUCACAGUCAUAUA